AUGCUGAAAGAGACUUCUUCUGUUGAUGAUAAGCCAGAUGCAUUAAAUAACAAAGUCAUUAAAGCUCUUCAAGAGAUUUUCACAAUCUUGAAAGAAAUUCAGAAAAUUCAAGAGAUAAACUUCAUUACAGUCUCCAACAUAAAGAAUGCUCUUAAUAUAAAGCAACAAAGUAUAGCACUAAAGAGUGCAUCUUCUUCUCAUAAUGUAACUCUGACACAAACUGUUAUUUCUGCAAAGCCAAGCACACCAGCAGUCAAAAAUCCCAAUGCCAACAAGAAGAAUGCUGAAAAGAAUGAUGCUGACAACAAGAAUGCUGAUAACAAGAAUAUCAACAAGAAUGAUGCCAACAAGAAUGCUAAUAACAAGAAUACAAACAAGAAGAAUGCUGAAAAUGAGAAUGUCAAAAAAGCUGAUGCAAAUGUUACUUCUGAUGUUAGCAGCAAAGAUUUCCAAAACUGGUUUUUUGGUUGGGGUGAUCUAUAA